CCUGUCUUCUCUUUCUGUGUCUCGACUUAUCUCUGUCUGUCCUUCCACUCCCUGUUUGUCUACCUACCCUUCUUUCUCUUUCUCUCUCUUUCUUCUCACUCACUCUAGCUGACUAUCCCUUCUGUCUGGCUGCAGUUCUCCCUUCCUCUCUCCCUCCCAUCUAUCUCUCUAUCUAUCUAUCUCUUCUCUAUCUCAACAUACACACACAAACACGCACACACACAUAUAUAUUUCUAUGUCUCUCUCCCUUUCUGUCUGCCUCACCGUUCUGCCACCCCUUCCCUCUCUGUCUGCGUGUGUCUCCCUUCCCGUCUCUGUCUACCUCUACCUCUCUCUCGUUUGUCGUCUACGAUCUUCAGUCAGUCCGACUGGCAAGUAGCAACAACAGCAGUAACUGCAACAAAAACAACAGUAGUCAUUAUACAAGAAAGACAUAGGCACACACACACACACGCUUAAACAGAUCGUCUGAGCAGCAACACUAAUACUAAACUAGUACGAGCACCAACUGAGCAACUACUACGACACCAACUUCAACACCGCUAACAAGAACAACAAACUAAAAGACUACUUCGUCAGUACGACUAAAGCAAGGCCACUAACAACACCAUUACCAACAGUAAUAUAGCUAGCGAAUACUAAACUCCACCCGAAAUCCGAACCCGGCACGCUGCUAACGAAGCUGUGGUUGUAAUUGGUAGACUGGAUUUAUAUUGAAUUUUUAACUCUAGCCGGUGGAUGGCAUUGCGUCCAUCCCACCGUGUGAGCCCUCACAUCCAAAGGGUCCUGAAACACUAUCAAAACAGUGCCAUCAGAAGUUUGUGCGGUCCAGAUGCUAUUGUAGGGUCAACUGACCCCUACGACACCAGCCUGGCUGCAGGCGACGACGGUGGGGGGCUGCUAACUACUACAUCACCCACCUUGGUCGAAUUGUAUACGGUGGGACAACACAAUCUCCACCACCAGGGCGAGAUCUCUCCCCCUUUGACGACGACGACUAGUAGUAGUGGUGGUAGUACUGCUGUUAUUUGUAGUAAUCCGAGUACUACCACUACCAACAACAGCAAUAACAACCACUACCACCACAACGAGAAAGACAGCAAUAGUAGUAGUAGCAGCAGCAAAAUCUACAACAGCAACAAGAACAACAACAGCAGCAGCGGCGGCGGCGUCGGCGGCGACAGAGGAGCUGGAAGUACCAGUGGGAGUACCAGCAGUAAUAGAAGCAGCCGUGCAAGUUCUCCUCUCUCCCCACCAGUGGCCGCCGGUGAGGCUGGAGUUGUGCCCGCGGCCACGUCUACCCCGGCUGUGGUUUUGUCUGGAACCAGACCUCCGUCCAGGCCUUCUGGCUUCGACGACGAAGAGGUCUUUGUAUAUCGAACCCAUCGGAGUAAGGCCAUGAGUAGCGUUGUCGCUACUGCUUCGUCGGCAAACGUCGUCAACUCCACCAGCAGUAGCAGUGCUAGUGGUAGUAGUAACAGCACCAAGCUACCUUCAGAAAAAGGUUUGGAAUUUGAUCCAUUCAGAUCUCCACCUCCUUAUCCCAUCCAACAGAUGCCUGUCUUUACACCUUACGAUUCUUAUGCUGAACGUUCGGAAACUAUUUUAGAAAAUGAAAGGAUUGCUUGCUUCAUUAUCGGUGGCGAAAAACGUCUAUGUUUACCCCAAAUCCUGAAUUCAGUCCUCAGACAUUUCAACUUGACUCAAAUCAACUCCGUCUGUGACGAACUUCAUAUCUUCUGUGCUCGAUGUAGCCCUGAACAACUGGAAACAUUCGUUGCAGCUGGGAUUUUACCAUGUAGGACGGCCAGUUGUGGACUCAUCACCAAAACAGAUGCCGAAAGACUAUGCCAUGCGCUUCUUUAUAAACGCACGGCCGCCAAACCAGUUGACCCCCCAUCACCCAGCAGCUUCAAGGUCUAUCACGAAUGUUUUGGCAAAUGCAAAGGAAUUAUCCAACCAGAUCGCUAUCAUACACCGGACGCUGAGUGCAUCUAUUGCACUGAAUGCCACGCACUUUUUAACCCACAACAAUUUGUUUGUCACUCACACACCCCAAUGGAGAACCGUAUAUGCCAUUGGGGGUUUGAUUCUGCGCAUUGGCGGAACUAUUUGAUGCUUGCCAAAGAUCAAGAAAAUCUAGAAAAAUGCCAAGACAUCAUUGAUCAGAUAAAGAACAAGUUUGAUGGAUGUAAGACAAAACGAAAACAGAGUUCUGAUGACUGGUUACAUAGCAAACGUGUGAAGAGCGAAGAGAGCCCAACCAGUCAAGUUUCACCAUGGUCCCCGCACCAUUCAGCACAACCAACAAUGGCUCCAGUGUCAGCGUACUCAGCGUGGCCCCAAAGUCUCAUCACUGCCCUGAAAGAUAACAAAUACUUACCCCAGCCCCCUAACAUCAUGCGUGAUAGUCUGUUGUAUUACAGCUUGCCUCGGUCGUUGCCCUCCUAUCUACAGACUGGGCCACCUGUUUUACUCCACCCGGAACGUGUGAUACCCCAUUCGGAAUCAGCAAGGUAUGAACGCCACUUCACACCAAACGUGUCUCUGGCACCGUUGCCACAACAACGAUUACCUGAUAGCAAAAUCAAAAGUGAGCUGAAAGAGUCUGAAAUGGAGCGGAAUGGUUUACAUCAGUUGGCAGAAGCUGCAGUGUCAAAGAUCUCAAAAGAACCAGUUGCGCUGACCAAAGAGAGUAAAAUUUAUCAAGAGACAUCAACGAAUUUGAGCAAAAGCAAAGAGAAGGCCUAUGAUUUCUCAUCUGAUUCCGAGGAGUCGAUUACUGAAUUUGAGGAAACGGGUGAUGAACCCUUAUCACCGAAACUAGAAGACACCUUUGAAAUAGAGCUGGACAUGGUGAAGCAAGCCCUUGAGGGUAAAGUUGGUGACUGCACAGAGUCGAAACGGAAGUUCCUUCACGAUUUUACAAACUUGCGAUCUCUGCAUCAACAGCGACUGCACCUGAUGGACCGAUCCCGACAACAGUUACGAGAUUUACUGACGAAGGUUCGGGCAACAGCGAAAACUAAAAUCCUCCGGUGUGUAGAGAGGAAGAAAAAACUGCGGAAACGAUUAGAAAACAUGCGGAUUGAGACAGAGUGCCGUCUGCACGAUGCUGAGGAAGGCAAGGAACGGCUCUUGAAGGAGAUUGAUAGUCUCAGUAAACAAAUCGAACCAAAGGAAUUGCAGCAAAAGUAUAUCCAAGCGAACAAGGAACUGCAGUUACAGGUGCAGCAUUAUCAAACGAUAUUUGAGACUAUGUCGCGUGAGAACGCCAUAUUGCAAGACGAACUUCGGAAACGAGGCAUCAGUUUCCCUCUGGUCAGCCACCCCUCUCCAUUGCAUCACUCCCCUUUGCCCCUAAUUCUGUCCAGCCCAUCAUCGAAGUCAUCUGCGUCACCCGAGAACCUGAGCCCCCAGAGCAGAGCUGCUGUCGCUGCUGCAGCCAGCACCCACGAACGCAUCAAAAUGCUAUACCAGAGUCGCAGCAAGCCUGCAUUACAAGAAGACUGAUACACUGUGCUUACGCAAGUCCAUAACACAAAGGUUUUCUUCCCUACACACUACAGAAUCUUCUUCCCUUUUUCUCUCUCUAUUUAUUUAUUUAUAUAUAUAUAUAUGUAUAUAUAUCUAUGUGUAUAUAUCUAUAUAUAUGUAUACAUGUAUAUAUAUAUAUCUGUAUGUGUGUAUAUACACGUGUGUGUCUAUGUAUAUAUAUAUAUAUAUAUAUAUAUAUAGACAUACACAUAAACACACAACCAUACAUUCACACAUAGUCAUACAUAAACACACAACCAUACAUACACACAUAGUCAUACAUAAGCACACAAGCAUACACAUCUUCCACCUGCCUGCUUCCUCCUCGUCUCUAACUUUCUGACAUUUUCUACACUUUAUCAUGCACUCAUAUCAAAUUUACACACGUACACACAUAUAUGCAUGCAUGGUCACACUUAUAUAUAUAUAUAUAUAUAUAUAUAUAUAUAUAUAUAUAUAUAUAUAUAUAUAUAUAUAUAUAUAAAUUGAUAUAAAACACGUGUGCAUAUAUCUAUUCACACACACAUACAAACAUAUACAUACACACAUAUACACAUGCUAUUUCUCUACUACCUCUGCACAUUUCCUCUGUUCAGCUCCUCUACUUUCUCCAUUUCUCCUCCUCCUCCUUCUUCUGCUGCUGCUGCUGCAAACAUUUUGUUUUGUUGUUGUUGUUGUUCUUCCAUCAAUUAUGAGAUUAUAGGGCGUCAGGGUGUAUAUAGAAAUAAAGCUAUGCACCCAGCUAGAGCGUGUUGAGUGUUUUCACAUAGCUUCUUUUGGAUGCAGACACACACACACACAUCCUUACACAUCUAUUCACAUGCAUAUAUGCAUACAUAUCGAUGCACUUAGUGCAUACAAUGCAUGCACACAGAUAAAACAUAGACAAAUAUCAUAGACACUUACAUACAACUACACAAUCAUACAGACACACAGAAUAUAUUUUCCUUUGCAAUGAAGUGUUGUAUGUGGCGGUGUUGGCAAAGAUGAUACUGGUAAUGGUGAUGAUAUCGAUGGCCAUGAGGAUGGUGAUGGUGAUGAUGAUGAUGGUAUACAACGUCCUCCUGAAUAAUUGCUGUAUAAUAAGAGGCACAAAAGCAGGUGUUUGGGUGGGUGUGGUAGGUAAAUGGUUAACAUUGUCACUGGUAGUAGAGUUCCAUGAUGGUGAUGAUGAUGAUGAUGACAAAUGUUGAGUGUGAAAUGGUGAUGAUUUAUUUUACAUUGUUUUUACAGUAUACAGAAGAAUGUUUCUUUCUUACUGUUACAAUUCAUUCAUUUCAAAUAUUAUUGUUGUUGUUGUUGUAGUAUUUAGUUCAUGUCCUGCUGAGGUUAACUUUGCUUUUCAUCCCAACAGUGUUGAUAAAGUUAGAGUACCUGUCAAAUACUGGGGUUCACUGUAAUCGACCGCCCUCUAUUCUCUUUAAAAAUUGCUGGCCUUGUGUCAAAAUUCUGCUUAUAGUAGAAAGGAUUAUUAUUAUUAUUAAGGUGGCGAGCCAGUAGAAUCAGUAGACUGCUAUUAGCCAUUUGAACUCGUAAACAUGAAUGCAACCUGUUGUGAUAAAGGCUGAAUAAAGCAAGUAGAGUUUAUGUCUGGGUAUAGCUGUAUUCUGGUUUGAACCUACAAUCCUGGGUCCAUCAUGUUAACCUUUUCACAAUUGCUUCUUCUUUUGGAAAGGUAGAAACAUCAUAACUAUUCAUUAUCCUGUGGCAAAGAAGACUCCCUAACCUUAAUAUCAAUUCUUCAGUUCCUUAGGUAUUAAAUUAUUAAAUAUAUAGGUCUUUCUCUUUACUGAUCCUUCAAUCCUGAAACAUUAAAGAAGCCACCCCCAUCUUUUCAUUUAAAACUUCAAGAAUAAAUAUCAAAGCAAAGCUAAUGAAAGGAGUAUCUACAUUUGUUGCUUGAUCUGCCUGCAAAUCCUCUGAAACUGUCUGACAAAAGAGGAUGGUCAUUGGUUAGACUGUCUUUUAUAGGUUAUUUGAGCAAGGCUGACCUUGGUUUAAACAGCAUCAACGCCAACACUGGUGUGUUUUAAAUGACAAUAUCAUUCUGUUAAAAAGGAAUUUUUUUUAACAUUCCCAUGUUGGAGUUUGAUGUGACAUUUCUGUCAAAGAAAUCAACAGCUGUCACAGAUUCUUUGUUUUUGCUCACCAAAUGUUUACUGAAGGUAAAAGUAUAAUGAUGUGUUGUUCAAGGAUUUUGGCUGUUCUUUUAAUGAAAACAUCUACAUAAGUGAAAUGAAGCUUUGUUUAAAUAGCAAAUGGUGUUGAGUAGUAAAUUUGUCAGCUUCCAUUAAAGCUAAUAUAAUUACUGUCACAUGGAAGCACAUGUAGUAUGAUCUUGCCAUGGUUGGCAUCAGAAUGCUUUCGUAUUAAAUGACUGAAAAUAUUGUACAAACAUGUGGCCAGUAUUUGCAUUAGCUCCUAAUAUUUGCAAUGAUGAUGAUGAUUAUAAUGAGGAUGUCUUUGAUUGAAAAAUUCCAGCAAUCUUUUCUGGCCUUCAUAAUCAUCUCAUUAAUUGCUUCAGGCAAAAAUCUUCAACAGAAUCUGUAUUAGAGAAUUCUUCAUUCUCUGAUUUAUUAGUAUUGACUGAUUUUAAUUUACCAAUAAUAAAACGCUAUCUUCAUUCAAUUAGCAAUGAAUGUAAACUCAAAGAUAGAUAACAAAAAUAUACAUGAAAUGAAUUGAAAAUUCAUCGAAUGAAUUUUAGUGGAUCAUACAAAACCAGCUUGAUGAAAAUCUAUUUGUAAUGAAACCUUCAGGAAACAUUUAGAUAUUUAAAUUUACCUUUGUUAAACAUCUCUCUUUUUUUUUCUCUCUCUCUCUCUUUCUGACACCCACGCACACACAGUGUUAUACUUUUACAAGGAGGAUAAUAAUGUCUUUUAAGUUGUGGCAUCCUGGCUUUCGUCAGGCUGUGAGACACAGUCCAACAAAAACUAGCUGGCCAAAACUUAGAAGUCACUAUCACCCCUCUUGUAAAAGCAUAAACUUGUACUUUGCAAAAAGUAUUGAGUAAUCCUUCAGUUUAAUGUUAAAUUGUUCUUAUAAUAACUUGACAUAAAAACAAAAUUUAUAAUGUACAUCUGUCCGUGUAUGACUGUAGUAUGUAUAAUAGCAUUUAUAACACAUACAAACACGUGUGCAUGUAUAUGUGUGAGUGAGUAGAUAUUUCAAAGUUGAAGGUUUCAAAUUUACAUCAUUACUGUUGAGACAUUUAAAGACUUGGAGUAGUAAACAUGUAAAACUUAAGAUGGUAAGGCCUUUCUUUGUAUGUAAAAGUAAAAUUUACAUGCACACCUCCUGCUCUGCUGUGUGUGUGCGUAUGUGUGUGAAUAUGCAUACUUAUAUACAGCUGGGAUGUACUUUACUGUUAAAACUUAUAAGACCACUAUUCAAUGAAGUACUUAAUACACAUUGAGAUGUAGAGUUUAGCUAUAUCCAUAUGAAUAUUUAUCCAACAACAGGGUGGAAUCAGUUAUAUAUAUAUAUAUAUAAGUGUAUGUAUAUAUGUGUGUGUGUGACAUUUGGUGUUUUCUUUAAAACCUUUGGUUGUCCUUUUGCUGUUAAAACUGGCACCUCAUAUUAGAAUUAUUGACAGUUCUAGUAAUUUCUUUAUAUCCUUUUUUUUUUCUCAAAUUUUUGAAAUAACUUUGUUCAGUUUGUUCUUUUAAGUUUUCCUCCUCCUCCUCUUAUUAUUUUUAGUAGUAUUCGUAGUUUUUGGUGCAUUAAACAAAAUGCUUCGGACUGUAUAUUUAUGUGCUACUCUUACAUCCAAGUUCAAAUCUUACCUAGGUCAACUUUGACUUUCAAUCUACCCAGGGGUUGAUAAAAUGAAUGCUAGUUAUGUACUAGAGUCAUUUAAAUCAACUGUUGUUAUUUAUUCAAAUUCAUUUGAAUUAGUCAUGCAUCAUCUUCUAACUUUGAGAUUUCAUUGAUGUGAUUGUUUAUUUUUAGAAUUAUAUUGUGAGAGGCCAGAUUUGACCAGUUUUAACAUAAAAGUGGUAGAAUAUUUUGGCUGGAUAUGGUCAGUUUAAAUGCUAAAAAAACAAUUGUUUGUUAUGGCUAAAGUUUGACUUCAGCUCUCUGAAAAUGAAUGAUUCGGGUAUGAAGUGGUGCUGGUGCAGCACUAUAUGCACAAGGAUCAUUGUUAUUCUUUUUUAGUUAGUGACUAGUCUUCAAAUGCUGUCACUUGCACUUGUAUACAGCUAUAGUAUAAUAAUGUGUUUAAAUAUCACCUGAACAUUGACCUUGUCUAUUCCAAAACAAUAAAUUCAGUUGUCCUUAAGGAGAAUUUCUUACAGGUUACCACAGUUUUUUUCUCUCUCUCUAGGUUUAGACAGUUUAAUCUAUGCACAAUAACUGCAGGGAAAAUAGCAAAAUAAUGAGACGGAAAUAUUGAGUUUCAAUUAGUUCAUUUAAAAAUGUCAAUAAUAACAAUAAUAAUAAUAAUGAUAAUAAUAAUUUCUUUGAUUGGCUGCCAAAUAUAACAACAGCAGCAACAACAAUAUUUAUAAUAAUCGUUUCUGAUUUAGGCACAAAGUCAACAAUCUUGGUAGAGAUAACUUGGGGUUAGCGAAUGCCAUUGACCCCAGUACUUUUUAAGAAUUCAUGACAGAUUUAUCUCCCUUAUGUAGUUUACUUGCCCAUUUGCUAUUCUAGAAGUGGUACAAAUGUAUAAUCAUUCAUAUGGAUGAACCAUCUUUAUGAUAUUUUGAUAAACUUGUGAGAAGAGGAGUUGCUUAAUGAAUUCUGUAAUUAAUUAAUUUACAUAUGCUACAAUUAAUUCUCACUUGAUAUCCUAAUUUAUAACAUUUUUUGAAAAGAACUAUAUCUUUAUGUAUACAUACACACAUGUAUACAUUGAUUAGAGGAAGUCACUUUCAUUAAGUUAGUUAUCAACAGGUAAUUAAUUAUUGUCAUGGGAGAUAAACUAUAUAUAUAUAUAUUUCUGACAUGGAAACUAGAUUUGAUGUUCUUGAUAACUUACUAGAGGAUAUUUUAAAGCAAAAUGGAGUGGGAAUUAUAACUUGCUAGCAGUGCUUGACAGAAAGAUAAAAAUAUAAAGAAAAAAAAAAGGGAAUAUAUAUAGAAAAUUCCUACAUAAUUACUCUUUAGCAUUUAAACCAACCAUAUCCAGCCCAAAUAUUCUACCUGCUUUCUUUUGAAACUGGCCCGAUCCAGCUUCCCACAUCUACCCUACAAUGCCAUUCUAAAGUAAACAAUCACAAAUUAAAAUCUGAGUUUGAGAUAUUGCAGGAUUAACACAAAACAUGAAUACAUUUAACAGAGUAAUCUGAAUGAAAUAUACAAAUUAAAAGGGCAUCAGGAGUCAAGUGGUUAAAAACACAACAACAACAACUAUAAAAUAGAUUUAAUACUUAUAUAUAGAUACAAACCCAAGAUUUUGAUAAAAUGUGUUUAGCUUUUAUUGAGUUUAUCUUAGAAUGUUAUUGGUGCCCAAUUCAUUGAGUCCAAUGGAAUGGAAGUUGAUUGUUGGGAGAGGAGGUGUAGAUACAUAUUUAAGAUUAUUUUGCUGUACCAACCAAUUACAUCUAAAACACUGAAGAGUCAACAACAUCAUUAUUGAUUUUAAAGCAGUGAUCUGGCCGAAUCAUUAGCAUGCUGGGCAAAAUGCUUAGUAGCAUUUCAUCCAUCUUUACGUUCUGAGUUCAAAUUCCACUGAGGUUGACUUUGUCUGUUAUCAUUUCGGGGUUGAUAAAGUAAGUACCCGUUGAACACUAGAGUCGAUGUAAUUGACUUAACUCCUUCCUUGAAAUUGCUGGCCUUGUGCCAAAAUUGGAAAAACCAAUGUUAUUGAUUUUAAUGUGAGCAAAGCUAAUAAAUGUUUUUUUUUUUGUUAUAUGCAACAAAACAGGUACAAGUGAUACACUAAACUUCCAUUUUUUUUUGUAAGCAUCAUUAUAUCAUCAUCAUCAUCAUCAUCAUAAGUCAUCACUCCAUUGCCAUCAUCAUCAUCGUCAUUAUUGUUACACCCUUAUUAGCAUUGUCAUAACAAUAGCUGUCAGAUAUAGCAUGGGGGUUAGUAACUUAUUGACUUAUGUUUCUAAUAUAUUUAGAAAUGGAAAAAUAUUAAAAUAACACGAACCAUUCUUAAAUCUUGAUUCCUCAUCCUUUAGGAAGGAUGAGAAGUACUGAUAAGUCUCUCACACGUGUGAGUGUGAAUGAUAUAGAAUAUAUGAUGCACACAUUCUCGCAUAGAUACAAGCAAUGCAUAAGUGUGUAUAGCUGUACCUAUCUAUCUAUCUAUCUAUCUAUAAGUGAUGUAUGAACAGGAAGGAAUAAACCUAUGUUAAUUAAGAGAGGUCACUUAAUAACAGAUCAUUAAGCUUUAAUAUGUUAUUACAUUGGAAUAAAUCCAAGUAGGACUCACUCAUGUAUAUACAUAACUGGCUAAAACAAUUUUUAAGAGCAGCAUAUUUAACAUAGAAGUAGAAAAGCAUAAAUUCUGCUCAACAGCUGUUUCAUUAUGAUAAACACAACCAAACGUCUAAUUACAUAAUCAUGAUUCAUAUAUUAAAUUUUGAAGUCUGUGUUUACCCAAAUCACCAGGAAUGUUGUGUUCAAACCCAUUACUCAGUGACACUAUAACUGCAAUGGUUUACUUAUUAGUGUAACUUAACAUUUCUGAUGGUUUGGGUAAGCCCAGUUUUUAAAAUUUAAUUUAACUUAAUUAUGUAUUGCAAUGAUGUCUAUUUAUUGGUGUUUAUCUUAAACUGCUCUUGAACACAAAGUUGGAAUUAUACACAAAAUUUAUGCUACAUAUAUAUUUAUAUGUCACAGACAGAUUCAUAUUAAAACAUAUAUACUAACAAACAAGGACAGAUGUAUGUGUGUGUGUGUGUAUAUAUAUAUAUGCAUAUAUGGAAGACAAAAAAUAAAACUAACACAAUCACUGAUAUAUGUUACAAAUAUACACCCCUGAUGUACCCUUCUGUACUGUUAAGUGACUUGGAUUGACCUGCUUUCCCUCCCCAACUACACCUUGUGUGCUGUUAUGUACCAUUGAAACACCCUGAUCCAGAGUACACUGCUUACAUGCUCUCCCUAAUAUUUCAUCAAACUACUGAUGAGAGUAAAAGAACCUGAUGCAAGAAGGAGGUUGUUUGUAUUGUUGUUGUUCUUGUUUGUUCCUCUCCUCCUUUUCCUCCACCAUCACCAACCUCCUCCUCCCUGUUGAAUUUUCAUGUUUAUUUUUUAUUUAUUUUUUAGUUAUUGUAAAUAAAUCCUUUCCAAUCUCUUUAA